CCUGUCUGUCUCCAGUUUAAGCGACAGUCUACAGAGGGRACGUCGUACAUGCUGUUUGCCCUGGCCAUGAUGGGCAACGGYACCUACGGGCUCAGUGUCAUUGUGGUUCUACCAGCUCUGGCCGGCUCCAAACAGACCUUCAUUCUCAAACAUCUGGCCUGGCUCAUCGGCAGCCUGGGAGUCCUCCUCCUAGACUUCUUUGUCACCGCCCAGUUCAUCAUCUAUAGGAAGAACCGCUCCGAUAAAACCAGCAAGAAGAUGAAUGUUCCUGAAGUAGAACCUCUGCUCUGUGAAGAGGAGGAGCUGUCCACGUUCUAGAAAACACAUGAAUAAAGGUGUAUCGUUAGAACACAUGAUUAAAGUUCUAGAGUGAGAAUACAUGAUUGAA